CCGCCCUGUUGUUUUGAUGAAUAAUACUUGGUGGGGCGAGGGGGUAAGAGUAGGGUUGGAGGGGUAGGAGGAUUUACGCUUACAGCGAGAGCUUCGCCAGUCCCAUCCCUCCCCUCCCCCCUUCCAGGGUUCUUGCGUGGAGGCGGGGCGAGCCUGGCCUGCUUUUAGAGGGGAGGGGCUUCCCGGUACGGUGCUGGGCUCUGCCUGGGCUGCUGUAGGGUCGCCGCGCCUCGGGGGGCACCCAGUGUGCAGUGGAGCCGUUCCCGCCAGGGGCCAGGGGUGGGACCCGGAGCAGGGUCUGCGGGAGAAAAACGCAGCUGCCGCGUCACCGCCACGAAGACACGGCGCGCAGCGGGCACGAGCCGAGCUGGAGACCGCGCCGCCCGCUCUGGGUAACCUGGGAAGCUGAGGGGAGUCAGUGGCGCCUGGAGAGGACCCCGUAGCAGUGGCGGUGGCCAGAGGCGGCAGCUCUGGGCGCUUGCAGCUGGAGGAGGCUGGGGCGGUCCGAGCGACCGAAGCCAAGGCGAUUCAGUGCCUCGUGUUCUUAGUUUUUAACCUCUGACUAUGCAAUUCUGAAACCUCCCCCACUGGGGGACCAGACAGCCCGAUAGAUACCUUCCACUCUCCUUUGCUCCCGCCCUGGUCUCAAGAACUGAAGGAUCUCUCUAACGCCUUUCACCAUUAAGAGGAAAGCGAUGGAGGAGCUGAGCGCUGACGAGAUUCGACGGAGGCGGCUGGCACGACUUGCUGGUGGACAGACCUCCCAGCCGACCACCCCACUUACAUCUCCCCAGAGAGAGAACCCUCCGGGACCUCCAAUAGCUGCAUCAGUCCCAGGCCCCUCCCAGAGUCUUGGUCUCAAUGUCCACAACAUGACCCCAGCUACCUCCCCCAUAGGUGCAGCAGGAGUUGCCCAUCGGAGCCAGAGCAGCGAGGGUGUCAGUUCUCUGAGCAGCUCCCCUUCCAACAGCCUUGAGACGCAGUCUCAAUCCCUGUCACGCUCCCAGAGCAUGGACAUCGAUGGUGUCUCCUGUGAGAAAAGCAUGUCCCAGGUGGAUGUGGAUUCAGGAAUUGAGAAUAUGGAGGUGGACGAGAACGACCGAAGAGAAAAACGGAGCCUGAGUGACAAGGAGCCUUCUUCAGGUCCUGAGGUGUCUGAAGAGCAGGCCUUACAGCUGGUCUGUAAGAUCUUCCGUGUCUCCUGGAAGGACCGCGACAGAGAUGUCAUCUUUCUUUCUUCUCUCUCUGCGCAGUUUAAACAGAACCCAAAAGAAGUGUUCUCUGACUUUAAGGAUCUGAUUGGGCAGAUUUUAAUGGAAGUGCUGAUGAUGUCCACCCAGACACGAGAUGAAAACCCAUUUGCCAGUCUGACAGCCACAUCCCAGCCCAUUGCCACGGCAGCUCGGUCACCAGACAGAAAUCUCGUGCUGAACACUGGCUCCAGUUCAGGAACAAGCCCCAUGUUCUGCAACUUGGGUUCCUUCAGCGCUAGCUCCUUGUCUAGCCUCUAUGAAACGAGUCCUGCCCCCUCUGCCAGUUUAUGGAGCUUUGUGCCAGUGCUCAGCCCAUCCUUUGCCUCACCUUCCCACGCAGUCCCGCAAAGGGCUGUGCCUUCCCAGUCUCUCAGCCCCCACAGUGUAGCCCCGCAAACUUCUGGAAUUGCUGCCGGAAGCCAGCCCUCAUCUCCGAGGUAUCGGCCCUACACAGUCACGCACCCGUGGGGGUCUUCACCUUGCCCCACCCCACGAUCCUCCAUUCUGGCUAACUCCCCAGGCUUCCCUGCAAGUAGUCCCCGGGCAGUACCUGCCAGCUCCUCCAGACAGAGGCCUCGCAGCAGGGUCUCUGCCUUCCCUCCUGCCUCGCCCAGUGCUGCCAGCAGACGUCCCACCUCCCUGCGGAUCUCUCCUAGUAUGUACGACAAUCCUUUCUCCUUCCUCUUCCUCGCACUUUCUGGGGACAGUAGUGAUGAAGAAGAAGAAGAGGAGGAUGAGGAGGAUGAGGAUGAAGGUGGUGGUGAUGAGGAUGAUGAUUUUUCUUGUGUCCAGUUUGGGUCCAGUUUGGGAGCCUCUGGUGGAGCAAGUAACUGGGAUUCGUACAGUGACCAUUUCACCAUUGAAACCUGCAAAGAGACAGACAUGCUGAACUACCUCAUUGAGUGCUUUGACCGAGUUGGAAUAGAGGAAAAAAAAGCACCAAAGAUGUGCAGCCAGCCAGCAGUCAGCCAGCUUCUGAGUAACAUCCGCUCGCAGUGCAUCUCCCACACCGCGCUAGUACUACAAGGGUCCCUUACACAGCCCAGGUCCUUGCAACAGCCAUCCUUCCUUGUGCCGUACAUGCUCUGCAGGAAUCUCCCAUACGGCUUCAUUCAAGAGCUGGUGAGGACCACUCACCAGGAUGAAGAGGUGUUCAAGCAGAUCUUUAUCCCCAUUUUACAAGGCCUGGCGCUUGCUGCCAAAGAGUGCUCCUUGGAUAGCGACUACUUUAAGUACCCCCUCAUGGCACUGGGUGAACUCUGUGAAACCAAGUUUGGGAAGACACACCCUAUGUGCAAUUUGGUUGCCUCUUUACCCCUGUGGUUGCCGAAAUCCUUAAGCCCUGGUUCUGGGCGGGAGCUGCAGAGACUUUCCUACCUAGGGGCCUUUUUCAGCUUCUCAGUCUUCGCGGAGGAUGAUGCAAAGGUGGUUGAGAAAUACUUCUCAGGGCCUGCCAUUACCCUGGAGAACACCCGCGUGGUCAGCCAGUCACUACAGCAUUACCUGGAGCUGGGACGGCAAGAACUUUUCAAGAUUCUACAUAGUAUUUUGUUAAACGGCGAAACCCGUGAAGCGGCUCUCAGUUACAUGGCGGCCAUUGUCAAUGCCAAUAUGAAGAAAGCCCAGAUGCAGGCAGAUGAUCGGUUGGUGUCUACAGAUGGAUUUAUGCUGAAUCUCCUUUGGGUCCUGCAGCAGCUAAGUACAAAAAUCAAGUUAGAAACAGUCGACCCCACUUACAUAUUCCACCCGAGAUGUCGGAUCACUCUCCCGAACGAUGAGACACGGAUAAAUGCAACGAUGGAGGAUGUGAAUACGUGGCUGACAGAGCUCUAUGGCGAUCAGCCUCCGUUUUCUGAGCCAAAAUUCCCUACUGAAUGUUUCUUUCUCACCCUGCACGCUCACCACCUCUCUAUUCUGCCUAGUUGUCGUCGCUACAUUCGCCGACUCCGAGCCAUUCGUGAGCUCAAUAGAACCGUGGAAGAUUUGAAAAAUAAUGAAAGCCAGUGGAAAGAUUCCCCACUGGCCACCAGACACCGCGAGAUGUUGAAGCGCUGUAAAACCCAGCUGAAGAAACUGGUACGGUGCAAGGCCUGUGCUGACGCUGGCUUACUUGACGAGAGCUUCCUAAGAAGAUGUCUGAAUUUUUAUGGCCUUCUCAUUCAGCUGAUGCUGCGCAUCCUGGACCCUGCAUAUCCUGACGUAACACUGCCUUUAAAUUCAGAAGUCCCCAAGGUAUUUGCAGCAUUGCCUGAGUUUUAUGUAGAAGACGUUGCUGAAUUUUUAUUUUUUAUUGUUCAAUACUCUCCUCAGGUGCUGUACGAGCCCUGCACUCAGGACAUUGUCAUGUUCCUCGUGGUCAUGCUGUGCAACCAGAACUACAUCCGGAACCCUUACCUAGUGGCCAAGCUGGUGGAGGUCAUGUUUAUGACCAACCCCUCUGUUCAGCCGAGAACUCAGAAGUUUUUUGAGAUGAUUGAGAACCAUCCUCUCUCUACCAAAUUGCUGGUACCUUCCCUUAUGAAGUUCUAUACAGAUGUGGAGCACACUGGAGCCACCAGCGAGUUCUAUGACAAGUUCACAAUCCGCUAUCACAUUAGCACUAUUUUUAAAAGCCUUUGGCAGAACAUAGCUCACCACGGCACCUUCAUGGAGGAGUUCAAUUCUGGAAAGCAGUUCGUUCGGUAUAUCAAUAUGCUGAUAAAUGACACGACCUUUUUACUGGACGAAAGUUUGGAGUCUCUGAAGCGGAUCCAUGAAGUGCAAGAAGAGAUGAAGAACAAAGAGCAGUGGGACCAGCUGCCUCGGGAUCAGCAGCAGGCCCGGCAGUCUCAGCUUGCCCAGGAUGAGCGUGUUUCCCGUUCUUAUCUUGCCCUGGCGACUGAAACCGUGGACAUGUUCCAUCUCCUCACCAAGCAAGUCCAGAAGCCAUUCCUGAGGCCAGAACUUGGUCCCCGAUUAGCAGCCAUGCUGAACUUUAACCUACAGCAGCUCUGCGGACCCAAGUGCCGGGACCUGAAGGUUGAAAACCCGGAGAAGUAUGGCUUUGAGCCAAAGAAGCUGUUGGACCAGCUGACGGAUAUUUACUUACAGCUGGACUGUGCUCGCUUUGCUAAAGCCAUCGCUGAUGACCAGCGAUCCUACAGCAAGGAACUGUUUGAAGAAGUCAUUUCAAAGAUGCGGAAGGCAGGAAUCAAAUCCACCAUCGCAAUAGAAAAGUUUAAGCUUCUUGCAGAGAAAGUGGAGGAAAUCGUGGCAAAGAAUGCGCGGGCAGAAAUAGACUACAGCGAUGCCCCAGACGAGUUCAGAGACCCUCUGAUGGACACCCUGAUGACCGAUCCCGUGAGACUGCCCUCUGGUACCAUCAUGGACCGCUCUAUCAUCCUGCGGCAUCUGCUCAACUCCCCCACUGACCCCUUCAACCGCCAGAUGCUGACUGAGAGCAUGCUGGAACCAGUGCCAGAGCUGAAGGAGCAGAUUCAGGCAUGGAUGAGAGAGAAGCAGAGCAGUGACCACUAAGGCCCCAUCGUGCUCCUCAGCUGGAAGCCGCCAUGCCAGCCAGCCAGGCCAAAGCAGCAUCCGCCUGGAAGCGGCUGCUCCAACCUGUAACCAUGUGUGGCCAGAUCCUGAGAGCCACCCCGCGUGACCAAACAGUGGAGAUCUGAGGGACAAGACGAGAAGAGGAUUCCUGUACAUAUAUUUAAGUGACAACAGUCAGAGUGUGAGGGACGAGUUUUACCAUGGCUUGUGUAGUAAAGCGCGCCCUUCGCCUGUCGCCACCUGGGGCUGUGGCAAGCGGAAGUGUUUAGUGACGAGUGGGUCUGGGCAGCUUCCCCCUGAGCUUACGUUUUGUUUUGUUUUUCGAUGUGUCUAGAGAACUCGGACAUUUUGCUGCUAAAGAACCUCCCCUCCCCCCCCUACUUGCACUGCUGUGGGUUUUUUAAAGAAACAGAACCAGACUCCUUUCCCGGCCCUCUAAACAUGUAUUCUGUGAGAUAACUGUGCCUGCAACAAAGUGUUAAUCUUGGGAUCGUAUUUUUAUAUCACAUUCACAUACUUGUUUUUUUAAUUGGUGUUAGAUGACAUGAUUAAUAAAAAAGGCAAGAUAUUUUCAGAAUUUGAAUUUCAGUUUUUUUUUCUUUUAAAAUAUCCCUUUUAAAUUUUUUUAUUAUAAACAAAAUGAAGAGAACCCUGUGGGCCUAGUCCUUCUACCAACCCUCAGUUAAGAUCCUGAGGAACAGGUGCGGCAGCAGGCUGGCUGGAGUGGAUCAGGACUCUUGUGACUUGUGGGGUUUGGGGGAGGCGAGGGUUGUGUUUUGUUUUUUGUUGUUGUUGUUUUGUUUUUUUAAUCCUAUGUGACAAUUCCAAUCCUAUGCCGUUAUCCUCUGAGGAUAAGUAAGCUCCUCCGCCCUGGGUUCUUUUGUGUGCUGUGUCCUUUUGGGGUUUGGCUUUACCAAAGAAAAAAAAAAAAAAAAAAAAAAAAAAAAAAAAAAUAUGGGUGCAAGAAAUGUGGAAAUCUGUCUGCUUGUUUACAUGCCCGGACAAAUACCACCACAUAGGCGCACGUGAGCAGAAGCCCUCUCUGUAUUACCGCUCCCUCCGCAACAUACUUGAAUUCUUGAAUUUCCUUUGGGGUGAAAAAGGAUUUGAAACCAUAAAGUGUUUUAAAGAAAUCUUCGGAAACAUCCUUUCUCCUCUUUUCCUUUCUCCUCUUCUCCACAGUCUGUGCUCUGUUCAGUUCCCAACACAAACGACAAUAAAUGGUGAUGCCCAUUCGGAAGGAA